UAUUUCCACAUCGUUUAGAUGGGCCAUAUUAGGCUGGAAGCUGACAUUUCGGCCGGGGGGUAUGGAUUGAGUUGGGCCGAAGAAGCCCAUAGUACAACCUGCGCGCGCUGACGUGUCGCGGUCGCCCGCGACUUCGGCGCGGGAAGCGGGUGGGGCCAUAUGGCAGCGAGACAGCCGGGCCCCACCACCCCCCGGGAUCGUUUGUGGCGCCCACCACCCCACCUCUCCCUCGGGCCGAAAGAGCCGCUCGCUCGAUCGGCCGGAACGGAGAGAUGGGGCGCCUCCAGCACCACCACCGCUCCCGCUCCGCCUCCUCCUCCUCCUUCGCGCGCUCCUCCGACACCGCCGCCACCGACGCCGACGCCCGCAGCCUCGCCGCGGACGCCACCGUCGACUGCCCCUUCGGCCACGUCAAUGGCCUCACCCGCUCCGACCUCCGGGAGGCCGCCUACGAGGUCUUCUUCAUGUCCUGCCGCGCCGCCGGUGGCGGCCGGCUCAACUACUUCCCGGCCGGGGAGAGCGGCGGCGGCGACGUGUCGCCGACCAUCGGCGCCGGCCCCCGGGGUGGCACGGGGAUGAGCGUCGUCAACAGCAGGGUCAAGAGGGCGCUGGGGCUCAAGGCGCGGAGGUCGUCGCAGCCGACCACGGCGCGGGUGAGCUCCAUGAACGCGUCGUCGGCGCCCGGCUCCCCCGGCCGCGCCAUGUGGGCGAUGAGCCAGCCGUCGACGCCCGUGUCGCCCGGGAAAGGGAGGCGGCCGAUGACCUCCGCCGAGAUCAUGCGGCAGCAGAUGCGUGUCACGGAGCAGAACGACGCCCGCCUCCGCAAGACGCUCAUGCGCACCCUCAUCGGCCAGGUGGGAAGAAAAGCCGAGACGAUCGUCUUGCCCCUGGAACUGCUCCGGCAGGUCAAGCUCACCGACUUCGCCGACAGCGGCGAGCACCACCAGUGGCAGCGCCGGCAGCUGAAGCUCCUCGAGGCCGGGCUCAUCGCGCACCCGUCCCUGCCGCAUGACCGCCUCAACGCGGUGGUGCUCAGGUUCCGCGAGGUCAUGCAGGCGGCGGACACCCGCGCCAUCGACACCGGCAAGACGUCGGACGCCAUGCAAGCCCUCUGCAACGCCGUGCACGCCCUUGCCUGGCGCUCCGCCCCCGGAAGCAAGGCCGCCGGCGGCGACGCCUGCCACUGGGCCGACGGCUACCCUCUCAACGUGCUCCUCUACGUGUCGCUCCUCCAGGCCAUCUUUGACCUCAAGGAGGAGACCGUCGUGCUCGACGAAGUCGAUGAGCUCCUGGAGCUCAUGAGGAGGACAUGGCCAACGCUGGGCAUCACCAAGAUGCUGCACAACGUGUGCUUUGCAUGGGUCCUCUUCCAGCAGUACGUGGUCACCGGGCAGAUCGAGCCGGACCUCGCCGGCGCGGCGCUCGCCAUGCUCACGGAGGUGGCGGCCGACGCCAAGCAGGAGAGCCGCGACCCCGUGUACGCACGGGUGCUCUCGAGCAUCCUUGCCACGAUACACGACUGGUCGGAGAAGAGGAUGCUUGGCUACCACGAGUGGUUCGGCAACGGCAACUGCGGCGCCGGCGGCGCCAUGGCCAUGGAGGGCGCUCUGUCACUGGCGCUCGCCACCACCCAGAUCAUCUCCGACAACGCGAUCUUCACGAGCAUCAGCACCGCGGAAACCGAACACGAAGACUGCAGCGUCGGAAGCUUCGCCGGCGACCGUGUGGAUUACUACGUGAGGUGUUCCACGAGAAGCGCCUUCACGAAGAUACUGGAGAACGGACUCGGGCAAGGGGACAGCCUGAUCAUCGAUCGCCACGACGACGAAGACCCGGGCGACAUCCUGGCGCGGCUCGCCGGCGACACGGAGCACAUCGCGCUAUCCGAGCGCGACGCCUUCGGGCCGGUGCUGAGGCGGUGGCACCCGUUCCCGGGCGCCAUCGCCGCGGUGACGCUGCACGGCUGCUUCGGCGUCGUGCUGAAGCAGUACCUGGGCAAGGCCACCGUGCUGAGCAACGAGCUCGUGCACGUGCUGCACGCGGCGGGGAGGCUGGAGAAGGCGCUGGUGCAGAUGGUGGUGGAGGACGUGGCGGACAGCGACGACGGCGGCAAGUCGGUGGUGAGGGAGGUGGUGCCGUACGACGUGGAGUCCAUCGUGUUCGGGUUCCUCAGGACGUGGGUCGAGGAGAGGCUCAAGAUUUGCAGGGAGUGCAUGCUCCGAGCCAAAGAAACCGAGAGCUGGAUGCCGAGAUCCAAGAACGAGCCUUACGCGCAGUCGGCGGUGGAGCUGAUGAAGCUGGCUAAGGCGACCGUCGACGAGUUCUUUGGCAUACCGGUGGCCGUGAGGGAUGACUUGGUCCAGGACCUCGCCGACGGCAUGGAGGCGAUCUUUUUGGAGUACAUCUCCUUCCUCACGUCUUGCGGUAGCAAGCAGAGCUACCUCCCGUCGCUGCCGCCGCUGACGAGGUGCAACCAGGACUCGAAGAUCAUCAGGCUGUGGAAGAAGGCGGCGACGCCGUGCCGGGCGCCCGUGUCGAGCCCGCGCGCCCACGGGCACCACCAAGGCCAGGGCGGCAUGGCGUCCGGCGGCCAGAACCCGCGGCCGUCGACCAGCCGCGGCACGCAGCGCCUCUACGUCCGCCUCAACACGCUCCACUUCAUCCUCAGCCACGUCCACGCGCUCGACAAGUCGCUCUCCUUCUUCUCCCGCGGCAGGUGCUCGUCGUCGCCGUCGUCCGCCGCCACCGCCCGCCUCCUCGCGCCGUGCUCCCACUUCGACCGCGCGCGCGCCGCGGCGCAGUCCGCGGUCGGGCACGUCGCCGAGGUCGCCGCGUACCGCCUCAUCUUCCUCGACUCGCACCACUCGUUCUACGACGGGCUCUACGUGGGCGGCGUCGCCGACGCCCGCAUCCGCCCGGCGCUCCGCACGCUGAAGCAGAACCUGUCGCUGCUCCUCUCCGUCCUCGUCGACCGCGCGCAGCCGGUGGCGGUGCGGGAGGUGAUGAAGGCCUCGUUCCAGGCGUUCUUGCUCGUCCUCGUCGCCGGCGGCGGCGACAGGAGCUUCACGAAGGAGGACCACGGCAUGGUGGAGGAGGACUUCCGGAGCCUGAAGCGCGCCUUCUGCACGCGCGGCGAGGGAGUGGUGACCGAGGAGGUGGUCGACGGCGAGGCGGAGGCGGCAGAGAGCGUCGUGGCGCUCAUGGGGCAAACGGCGGAGCAGCUCGUGGAGGAGCUGAGCAUCGCGUGCGAGUUGAACGGCACGGCGAGCUCCGCCGGCCAGAGGAUGCCGUUGCCGGAGACGACAUGGCGGUGGAGCCGCACGGACCCGGACACGAUCCUCCGCGUGCUCUGCCACCGUGACGACGAGGUGGCGAGCCACUACUUGAAGCGCGCGUUUCAGCUUCCCAAGAGGCGGUGACGAUCGAGUGCUAGGCUUUGUUGCACACUUCGAUUUGCAAAUUCAAAUUACGUGGGGUGCGUGAACUCAUGUUGGAAGCAAAUAAAUUUAAAACAUCUGAAAAAUCUGAUUUAGCUUCCAUUACAAAACUUCAGAACUCUGCUAUCCAAGCAAGUGUAACUCUCGUUUCUCUUCUGUUGCAACAUGAAGAUACUCAUACAGGAUAACAUGACUAGUGUGUAUAGGAUACUUAGCACAAGGAUCAGCUGCCCAUGAUACUAAACACUUGUUAAA